AUGGCCCCGUGGCCCGCACCUCCUCCGCCUCCGCCUCCGCCUCCACCUCUCGCCGCGCCGCCGCCGCCCGGCGUCUCUGCUAAGGGGCCGCCGGCGCGCAAGCUUCUUUUUAUGUGCACCUUGUCCCUGUCCGUCACCUACCUGUGCUACAGCCUCCUGGGCGGCUCGGGCUCCCUGCAGUUCCCCCUGGCGCUGCAGGAGCCGCCGGGCGCCGCCGCCGAGCCCCCACCGAGCCCGCCGCCACCCUCUCUGCCGCCUCCCCCCGUGCGCCUCGGCGCCCCCUCGCAGCCGCCCGCGCCGCCGCCGCCGGACAACGUGAGCCGCGGGGAGCCGCCCGAGCCCCCCGAACAGCCCGCCGCCCCCGGGGCCGACGGCUGGGGGCUGGCGAGCGGCGGCGGGGGCGCCCGGGACGCCUGGCUCCGGACCCCGCUGGCCCCCGGCGAGAUGAUCACGGCGCAGAGCGCGCUACUGGAGAGGGAAGCGCAGGAGUCCAGCACCACCGACGAGGAGCUCGCAGGCCGGAGAGCGGCCAACGGGAGCAGCGAGAGGGGCGGCGCCGCGAGCACCCCGGACUAUGGGGAGAAGAAGCUGCCACAGGCUCUUAUCAUCGGGGUUAAGAAAGGAGGGACCCGCGCGCUGCUGGAGGCGAUCCGAGUCCACCCAGACGUGCGGGCGGUGGGCGUUGAGCCGCACUUCUUCGACAGGAACUACGAAAAGGGGCUGGAGUGGUACAGAAAUGUGAUGCCCAAGACUCUGGAUGGGCAGGUAACCAUGGAGAAGACACCGAGUUACUUCGUGACAAACGAGGCUCCCAAGCGCAUCCAUGCCAUGGCCAAGGACAUCAAACUGAUUGUGGUGGUGAGGAACCCUGUGACCAGGGCCAUCUCUGACUAUACUCAGACGCUGUCAAAGAAACCCGAGAUCCCCACCUUCGAGGUGCUGGCCUUCAAAAACCGGACCCUAGGGCUGAUCGACGCCUCCUGGAGUGCCAUUCGAAUAGGGAUCUAUGCUCUGCACCUGGAAAACUGGCUCCAGUAUUUCCCCCUCUCCCAAAUCCUCUUUGUCAGUGGUGAGCGACUCAUAGUGGACCCUGCCGGGGAAAUGGCCAAAGUACAGGAUUUUCUAGGCCUCAAGCGUGUCGUGACUGAAAAACAUUUCUAUUUCAACAAAACCAAGGGGUUCCCUUGUCUAAAGAAGCCAGAAGACAGCAGUGCCCCAAGAUGCUUAGGCAAGAGCAAAGGUCGGACUCAUCCCCGCAUUGACCCCGAUGUGAUCCACAGACUGCAGAAAUUCUACAAGCCCUUCAACAUGAUGUUUUACCAAAUGACUGGUCAAGAUUUCCAGUGGGAACGGGAAGAGGGUGACAAAUGA